GGCCAAGCAAUCGGAGAAAAAUAAAUAUGUAUACGAAAUAUUUGGCAAAACAUUUAAAAAUGUGAUGUUACACGGGGUGAUUACGUCGGUAUAUAACGGUUCAACUAAAUCCGUUUAUAUUCAAUUAAGUGACGCUACAGCUAACAUACAAGUCUACUGCAACAGUGAGAGGAAUAAUAAUAAAUUACCACCUAAUUGCAUAGAUGAGCUUGAGGAACUUCAUGUUAAAAAUUAUAAAAUUGGAGAUAGGAGGAACCAUGGCGCACCAGGGAGUUUCAGCUCAAGAAAUCGAGGCGUUAUGUAAAACUCCAAAUCCUGCUACAAAGGAGUUUAUUUUUCAACAAACAAUGUACCGCAUCAAGGACCCAAGAAAGUCUAUACCAUUUUAUACUGGAGUACUUGGCAUGACCUUAUUAAAACAGCUUCAUUUUCCAGAAAUGAAGUUCUCAUUAUUCUUUAUGGGAUAUGAAAACUCUAAUGAAAUCCCAUUAGAUGAAAAAGAAAGAACUUCUUGGGCGAUGUCAAGAAAAGCCACUUUGGAGCUAACAUACAAUUGGGGCACAGAGAGUGAUGAUUCCAACUAUCAUAAUGGUAACUCGGAUCCUCGUGGGUUUGGACAUAUUGGAAUCAUGGUCCCCGAUGUUGAUGCUGCUUGUGCUAGAUUUGAAGAGCAAGAUGUGAAGUUCAUUAAAAAGCCCCAGGAUGGCAAAAUGAAGGGAUUGGCUUUCAUUCAGGAUCCCGAUGGCUACUGGAUCGAGAUUUUCAAUGCUAAUUGUGUUAGCCAGUAACAAUAGUUCUGUAGAUAUAUAUGAGUUGUGACAAGAUAGAAAAUAUUUUAUAUCUUGUUACGGUCAUGACACUUAUUGUUUACCAAUGAUAUAUAGACUGUCAGAUAUUCUUAAGUUAAUACAUGUGUUAUAAACACAUGAUUUUAUAAAUAGCUGUUAUAGACUAAAAAAAAUUUAAUUUGUUUAUAGUUUUUGCGAUUUAUCUAAGAGGAAAAUACAUGAAAUGUAAAAUUUGCACUUUUAUAACUUGUCUUUAAUAUAUAACUUGUUAAUUAUUA